AGUUUUCAAGAUUGAAGUCGGUAUUCAGAUUGUGGCUGUGUUGUGUCUGCGACUGUGACGUCCAAACAUUCUCCAAACACCCAGCAAACCAGAUUUAAUUCCUCUCUCUCUCUCUCUCCACGGGAUUUCUUCAGCCCCAUCUCCUCCCACUCCCUCCCUCUCGCUCUCUAGAUAUAUUCUCCCUGUCUCUCUCAUUUGCUGUCAUUCUCUUUUUCCCUCUCCUCCAGCCUAAACUUCCUCACUUCCAUAAACCAUUAUGAAUUUGCCUCAUUCAAGCACCAAGGCUUAAGGACUACGCAGAAUCACAAGUAAAGCUUCUACGUACUACCCUCCUCAAUUACGGUACGUCAACAGUUCAACCUCUCCUAAUUUUACCUUCCAACCUCAACUCGAAAUCUUGUCUCUCUUUAUCCCGUUAAUUGAUCUUCGAUGCUCAUACCCGCGAUCUGUAUGCUCGAACAUAGCGGAGCAAAAGUGCUAUAGGGUUUUUAUUUGCUGCUCUGUUUUGUGAAUUAGAUCACAUUUUACGACCCCAACUGUUUCUGAAGCUAAGGCCUUCUUUGCCGUUGUAAUUCGAAUACCCACAUGGUGAAAAUCCAAACCCAGUUCGUCGACUAGCGAGUUCUGAAUUAUGCUUUUUUGGAAACUAGGGUUUUGCGAUUUUUUAGGAGGAAAAUUGAAAGGUUUGGAAAAUUCUCUCAUUCCAAGCUGUUUCUCUAUGUGGAAAGGGUGUUUUUUGGAUUGAAGUAGCGCAAAACGGAAUACCCACAAGUUAGAUUUCGAUAUAUAUUCAGCUUGUGGUGUGGAGAUGCAGUCAGGGAUGAUGCUAAUGGAGGAAGGGAAGGACCUGACCGUUACCGCUAGAACAAACCAAUCUAGGGGUUUUCCACAGAGAUUGCUUCAAAUCCUUGUGGGGUUCUUUUUGUUGUGUGUUGUGUUUUCAGCCAUUAGUAUGUACAUGGUUCGGUAUUCGGGGUUUCAAAGUGCUGUGGCCACAGCAAGGCCAAGUUUCCAACUUUGCGUUGAGAAGCCCAGCAAUGGUUUAGAGCAAUGGAUUAGGCCUCCGUCCAAAUUGAUGCACAACAUGACAGACGAAGAGCUCUUUUGGAGGGCGACUUUUAUGCCCCGAAUGAAGAAUUAUCCGUUCGAUAGAGUUCCUAAGAUUGCAUUCAUGUUCUUGACAAAGGGACCAUUGCCUCUGGCACCUCUUUGGGAGAGGUUUUUCUACAGGCACGAGGGGCUGCAUUCGAUCUAUGUUCAUUCGCUGCCGUCGUUCCAAGAUCAAUUCCCUGCCUCGUCGGUUUUCUACCGGAGACAGGUACCAAGCCAGGUGUCAGAAUGGGGGAAGAUGAGUAUGUGUGAUGCUGAGAGAAGACUUCUCGCGAAUGCAUUGCUUGAUAUUUCCAAUGAAUGGUUUAUCCUUCUCUCCGAAUCAUGCAUUCCUCUCUACAACUUUAGUGUCAUCUACCACUACAUCAUGAAAUCCAAAUACAGCUUCAUGGGUGCAUUCGACGACCCCGGACCCUUCGGCAGAGGACGCUAUAACACCAACUUGGCACCCGAAGUCAACAUCACACAAUGGCGUAAAGGAUCACAAUGGUUCGAAGUCAACCGGAAACUUGCAGUUUACAUUGUGGAGGACACCAAAUUUUACCCCAAAUUCUCUGAUUUCUGUAAACCCUCAUGCUACGUGGACGAGCAUUAUUUCCCCACCAUGUUGACGAUUCAAGCGCCAAAUCUCGUGGCCAAUAGGAGCAUCACUUGGGUGGACUGGUCGAGAGGCGGGGCCCAUCCGGCUACCUUUGGGAGAGCCGAUAUCACGGAGGAGUUCUUGAAGAGGGUUCUCGAAGGUCAGAGCUGCUUCUAUAAUAACCAGCCGUCUUCUGUUUGCUUCCUUUUCGCACGGAAAUUUGCUCCUAGCGCCUUGGACCCUCUUCUGCUGGUGGCACCGAAGUAUUUGGGUUAUUGACGUUGGCAUUCAAUGGUUGCUCAAUUUUGUGACUCAUUAUAAGAUAUGUUGUGAACAAGGGCCACCCUUGACUCGGAAGAUUAACUAGCACUAAUCGUUGGGCAAAAUAUGGAGCGAAUUUGGAAAAGAAGUCUAUUGGAAGCCUUCGGUAUGUGCCUUUGAGUGUAUUUGGAAGAAAGAAGUCUAUCGGUAGCCUUCGGCUUGUGCCUUUGAGUGUCGAGUUAAUUUCUUCAAGUCUUGGAUGUUGGUAGUUGCUGAUCUUGUGAUACACGCAUGUUGAUUUUUUUUUUUUUUCUGUUUGUACACAGUUAGAUUCAGAAUUAUCACCCCAUGUCCAAGAACUUUUAGAUGUACAAAAUAAGAGUAAUUGAUACGUAAGUAGAAUUUAUAAUCGAACCUUUGAUUGGAAUUU